ACUUGUGAGUGUGAGCGGGAAGGUCGCGUGCGUUCCUGAUGGAUCCUCUCAGAAAGAAAAGAAAUGGGAAUGCUAUCGUGAUUCGAAUUCAAGCAAUUUUAUUUGAAAACGAGAGGGCGUCCCGGACAUCUUAUCCCCUACUGCACUUCGUUUUCUCUCGGUGAGCUCUCAGUCACCGAGCUUGUCGUUCUUGAACCUUGAUCCCAUCAGUUUCCACCAUGAGCUCUCAGGUGCGCGUUCUCAACAUCAGCCAUGUCCGUCCCGUCGAAACGGACGGCGUGUCGCCGCCGCACCAAGGCGGGCACAAGCUGUCCUUCAUGGACCUGCUGCAGAUCUCCAAGACAAUCCAGCGCCUGUUCUUCUUCGACGGCCCCGACCUCCCGCCGUUCCCGUUGGUCGUGAGCGCGCUGCGGUCCUCCCUCGCCGCCACGCUCGGGGCCUUCCUCCCCCUCGCCGGCGAGUUGGCCUUCCGCCCCGGCUCCGGCGACGUCGUCAUCGACUUCUCCCCCGCCGCCGUCUCCCGCUCCCCGGGCGUCAAGUUCGUCGAGGCCGAGUUCGCCGGCGGCGCCGACGCCAUGCGCCGCCUGGCCAGGGACGACGAGCACGACGCGGAGGCGUUCGCGCGGCUCGUCCCGGAGCUCGAGGCCCGGAGGCUGCCCGCCCCGGUCCUCGCCGUGCAGGUCACGAGGCCCGCGGGCGGGGGCGGCGCCGUGGCGGUCGGGGUGUCGAUCGGGCACGCGGUGGCGGACGGCCACGCGGUGUGGCAGUUCCUGAGCGCGUGGUCGACGGCGUCGCGGGAGGGCCCCGGGUCCCUCGCCGCGCCGGGCUUCGUGCGGCCGACAUUUGACCGGGCGGGCAUCCGGCACCCCAAGUCUGCCGAGCUGGUCCGCACCGUACUGAGCAGGGUCGCGCCGGCGCUGCCCCUGCUCAGGUCAGCGUCGUCCAAGCCGGAGAUCAUGCAGCAGAGCAGGAGGACCUUCCUGCUCCGCGCCGACGAGAUCCGGUCCCUGAAGCAGCACAUCCUCGAACAGAGCGGAGCAGGCAGCCGCGGCGAGCCGCCCAAACCGCCGAGCACCUACGUCGCCGUCUCGUCCCUGGCGUGGGCGUCCAUCACCCGGGCGACGCCGGCCAUGCUCGACGCCAACGACGCCCACCUCAUGGUCAGCGCGGACUGCCGCAGCCGCCUGCGCCCGCCGCUCGGCGACGGCUUCUUCGGGACCUGCGUCAAGGCGUGCUACGCGCGGGCCGGCGCGGGCGACCUGCUCGGCGGGGCCGGCGUCGCGCGCGCCGCCGCGGCCAUCCAGCGCGCGAUCCGCGCGUACCUGGAGGAGCCCGAGGGCGGCCCGCUGUCGGACGCCGAGGGGUGGGUGGCGGCGUACGGCGCCGUCCCGAAGGAGAGGCUCGUGACGGUGGGGUCGUCGAACCGGUUCGCGGCGUACGAGACGGACUUCGGGUGGGGCGCGCCGAGCCGCGUCGAGCUGGUGUCCCUGUUCGCGGCGCGGAUGGUGACGCUCCUCGGCGCGAGGGACGGCGGCGUGCAGGUCUCCGUGGCGCUCGACGGGGCGACGAUGGAUGCCUUCGCGGCCAACUUCGCCGUCCCGGCGGUUCGCACGGCGGCUGCUGGAGCAGUGUCCGUAGCACGAUAGGUGUGGCUGGCCGUGUCAAGUUCUGAAGUUCGCCGCAUGGGUUUCGCUCAUUUGUUUCACUGAACCUGAAUACCUGAUGAAGCGACGAUGAGCUGAAA